UUUCACCUUUUAACCGGGGUUUCCACGUAUUGCCUAUGCAUAAAAAUGUAUAUGUCGUCGGAUGAAACCUCCUCGACUGCCAUUGUUUUUAAUCUUGUAAUUCAGAACGUCACCAGCAAUGCAACUGUAAAUUAUAAUAUAGAUUUCUAUUUGCGUAAAUGGUAAAUUAGAUCAUCUAAAGACAAUCAUUAGUUCAGUCCUGUGAUACGCAUUUUAACGACCUACUGUAGUUAUCUCUUGUUAGUAUGUCACUACAAGACAGACACGAACUAGACAUGCAGUUCAGAUAAAUGUUGUACAAUAAUACUAGUUACCGUGUGUACAAAAUUACGGUAAUAUCCCUAAACUGUGGAAUUAAAGUAAUCAUAAAUACAAAUACGGUAGCCUUAAAUGUACAGUAUACACGAAAGUGUUGAAUCGACAGGAGAUCAAAAUGUCCUGCAGAGGUCGCUUUUUUGGUUAUAGAAACGCAAGAAUAUAAUCUUAUUUUUUUAUAAAUCGUUGGAAAUUGGCUUUUGGUGCGCACGUCAUGUAUGUUGAUACGACUGAUUUGCGUUACUCACAUUUUUUGUUUACAUCGUUUGUGACACUAUGCUUCAGCUUAAUUAAAUCUUAACUGACUGCCUCCUCUGAUCCAAUAAAAGAAUGGGCCUGAAGAAUCAGAUUUCUCUUCCCAUAGCAGCUGGGGUGUUAUUACUUGGCAUUCCUUGUAGUGUUUCACUUGUUGUCCAGUGGAUAUAUGGCUGGCCUAAUAAACCAGGAUACAGGAAGUAUAUAGAAGCUCUAAAACCCAGGCGGGUAUAUUGUUUAACAGUAGCUAUGCUGGAAAUGAUGAAAUAUCUUCAGUAUGGCAAACUUUACUUUCAGUGGAACUCUUGGUACAAGAACAUUGCAAAUAACUCAUAUUGUGAAAAGGAUAUACGUUUUGGUCGCCAUGGAAACAAAUUGGAUUUGUAUUAUUCACCAAAUAUGGACCAGCCUGACUGUUCUGCAUCACCAGUGAUUAUUUUUGUAUAUGGAGGUGCAUGGGGUUCUGGAAAGAGAUCCAUUUAUUGUCUUCUGGCUUUGCAAAUGGCAAAGGAGUUAAAUGCAUCUGUUGUCUGUCCCGAUUACUCAAUUUAUCCAAAGGGAACUGUUUUGGAGAUGGUUCAAGACAUUGCUGAUAGUAUCUUAUGGGUGAGGGAGAAUUGUCAUAUGUUUAACUUGGACAAGGAAAGUAUAACAUUAAUUGGCCACUCAGCUGGUGCCCAUUUAUGUGCACUGACAACAGCGUUUCUGGCUGCAGGAUAUGAGAAUCUGGGAAUUGAAGUACCAAAGCAGAAGGAGCUUGCAUUAUCAGUCAAAGGCGUUGUAGGGCUGAGUGGCGUGUAUCAUAUCAAGGACCAUUAUCUGCAUGAAAUAUGGAGAGGAGUAGAACAUGUUUCCACGAUGCACAAAGCCAUGGGUGAACUGGAAAACUUUGAUCAUUAUUCACCUACGCUGUUUAUAAAAGCACUUGCAGAGGAUAAUGUGAAGAGCCUCCCGCCCUUCACUUUACUUCAUGGAACAAGGGAUGUCAUUGUUCCUGUUGAGUCUUCAGUCAAGUUCUCAGAGGCUCUGACAUCAGUCUCUGCAAGGGUGGCCCUGUACCUCUUGCCAAAGGUGGACCACAUACAGAUUGUCACUGACCUUAUGGCUCCCGACAGACAACAUUAUCAUACAGUCUUUGGCUGCAUUAAACAAGAGUUCAAUAAAGAUGCUGCAAAGUCUUAAAUAGCACCAUUCUUUUGUAUAAGAAUUUUAAAAAUGUGAAGUUAAUGUCUAGCUUUUAAAAGAGUAUUUUAUUAUCAAGAUUGUAGAAAGUAUAAAAUUUGAGUAAGCCCGCAUUUAGACUCUUGCUGAUAGCUCAAACAUCUCUAUCUAGCCUAUACUAAAUAUUGUUCUUUUUUGCACGUUUUCAUUGAGUGAAAAGGUGUUCUUUGACAGUAUUUCCUGAGAAAUAAAUACAAAUGUCCUGUUUAUGUUGAAAAUAUUCUGUUAGGUACAUAACUUAAAGAAGAUUUGAAGAGCUUAAAUGUUGUGUGGAUACUUGAAAUCUGCUUCAUUGAUUGGCUAGAAUGUAAGCUGAAUAUUCAUUUUUUAAUUGAAAGGAAGGCUUAUAUGAAACUGUAUUAAUGGAAAUUAGAAGUGAUUGUAAGGUCUAUGAAUGUAUUAAUGUAUAACUUAUAUGUGUUUGCAUAUUCAAGCAUUUAUUAAGUGGCUAAUUGCUGAUUCUUUAAGUUUAAUAU